UCUGUGUGUCUCGCUUGUUUGACAGGACUGAGGUUCUCAGUUUGAAGAGACAGGCAGAGUCUGACCAUCCGAUCCCUCAUGACCUGCUGCUCCUCAGAACGAAUGGUGACCUGAACAGAAAUGGCCGGAUCAGGAGUGUGUUGUGCCAGCCUGGAGGAACCCAAGGCCCUGAUGAAGAUGGGCCUCAGCGUGCUCCUGGUCGGCCAUGUGAACUUCCUGUUGGCGGCGCUCGUGCACGGUGUCGUGCUCAGACACAUCAACCUCCACAAGCAGGCCCGGGCCAUGGAGUACGCCAUCUCCAACGUGGUGGCUCUCACUUCCGGCCUGGUGGGUGUGAUCGUUGGUAUCCUGACGAUUAUCCUGUCCAAGAACAGGAGACGCCGGAGCCUGACGUGGGCCGUGUUCGCGAUCAGCCUGCUGGCGGCCCUGAUGGCGGCGGCCUCGGCGGUCGGCCUGUCCGUGUCCAUCGUCAGGGCCAUCAUACACGGCGGGCGGAGCCUCCUGACGCACUGCCGCUUCCCCGACGCCAUCGGCUACUCCAGCGUCACCAACGAGUGCCCCUUCGACCCCACGCGCAUCUACAGCACCACUCUGAUCCUGUGGGUUCCCCUCAUCGUGACUUGUCUGAUCCAGUUGGUGUACUCGGCCCGAUGCUUCGCCACCUGCGUUUCCUUCUUGGGCCUGCCUUGCUGCAUCACUCGGAGCAGAUCCACAGACUACGGCCGGCCGAUCCACGUGGUGAAGCAGACGACGGCAGCCCCUCCGCCUCGUCACGCCCGGCCUCCGAGAGGCUACGACGAAGCUCCUCCGCGCCACGCCGAGCAUCACAGACGCCACAACGAGCGGCCGACGCGACACUCUCAGCCGAUGAUAAGCUACAACGAGCCGCCCAGACGGCUCACUGCGCCGCCGAGACAACACCGCCACCCUCCUCCUCCUCAGCCGCAGCAGCAUCGCCCUCGCCAGCACCACAGCCUCACUCCGCCGGAGAGGCAGCCUCUUCGCCAGCCGCAUGGCGACCGGUCGAGCAGAGAGAGGCAGGAGACCAGGACCGGCAGCCGUCAAAGGGCGCCGGAGCAACACCAGCUGCUGCAAAGGGGGGCCAUGGAACGGUCCAGCUUCUGGAUCUAGCCUGAGGCCGAGGUUUGAGGAAAGACACUUCUGGUUCCUACUUGAAGGACUUCAAUGUUCCUCCUUAUUUUGUGCUGCGACCCCAGAAAGAAGUCGUAGUUCUCUUAUCUUUGGGGUUCAGACUCUGUGCACACGUGUCUUUUCUUUCUACCUAUGAAAGUGAGUUUUUUGUGUGAGAAGAUGAAACAAAGCAAAACUUUUUAAAGCAAACGCUGCCUGUUUAUGAUAAAUAUAUCAACAUUAUGAAAUAGAUUUUCUCAGUAUUUUUACCAAUGCUGUGUGAAACGUCCCGCUUUUUUGUCCAUUUUAAACCCAAAUCUUUCAGCUUAAAGCUUUGAAAAAUAGUGCUCUGGCUUCGUUACAUAAACGGUGUGUUUCUGACAAUAUGUGGCGUUGCAGCUUUCACAUAUUGUGAGCAAAACCGGGAACCAUCUUAUUUCUUCUGGGAAGAUAUUUCAAGAUGUUACCACACUGCGUUGAAUGGUUUCUUUAAUGUUUGUUGGAGUUUAAUUUUUGAAACUAGUCGAAAUAUUUUUUGUUGGCUUUCAUAUUGGGUGAGAUUUAGCUCUUUCUGUUAAACGUGAUGCUAAGCUCGUCGCCAGUCAGCCUUUGACACAAAACAUCUUCACUGCCUAUACUAAAAAUCUGUUCUUACUAAUGUGAUUCCUGCCGUUUACCAUCUGAACUUCUACGCUUGCAUUAUUUAAGCUAGCUAGCUAGCAUCUGAUUGCUUUGGAAACUAAGUUUAUUUUUCGUUGUCAUUUUUCAUAAUUGAACCUGUUUGUGGAAAAAAAGUGUGGUUUUCAUCCAGCCAAGUGUUUGUGCCUCUACCUGUCUUCAUUUGUGUCGCCUAUUUGAGUAACUGGGAUUCAUUUGCCGUUUCAUCACAAAGAGCCAACGUUUUAAAGAUUUUGUUUUAUUUAUUUCUUAAGUAAAAUAAAGUUUUGUUUUAAUUUAAAGUA